AUGAGUGGCCCGUUGUCUAAAAUUCAAGAACAUAACGGACUGGUACCGUGGUCGGUAAGUGGAGAUUGUUGGUUCUUGUGGGCUAAAGUAAAGAUGAAUUAAGUGUAGAAAACCCUUUGGAAGUUCCACUGCACUUUUACUAUCAGUUAUCAGUUAUGUCUUUAGAUACCGUACGACAACGACAACUCCCUGGGACCAGCAAAAGAAGCGAUAAAAGUGUGCUAUGAGCUCGAUUUUACUCCCGGGACCAUUCACAGUGCAAAGAACAUCUCAAAGAUUCUUGGUAAGUCCGUCGGCCAAGCAGAACGUCUUACAUGGCUCGGGACUUGGAAAUUUUUGAGUGUCCAGAAAAUGUGUCACGAUGACAACGGUUUAAAAUGUUCCAGUGGUAUAAAUAACGGCUGGGUACGGCUAGGAAAACUCCCUAGAGCACGACAAAAAAUUUCGGGCGCUGUGGCCAAUAAAAUCCAGAAAAUCCGUCAUCCAAUUUUGAGCAUUGCAAAAGUUUUUAACCGAAAUUUUUUAUGGGUGCUCCAGGAGGACUCCUAUACAUAUACAGCUGUUGUGUAUACUACUGUCACAUUUUAAACGAGUGUCAUUGUGACACAUUUUCUGGAUACACAAAGAUUUUUAACCCUUUCCGGACGAGUCGGCACGUAUAUAUUAAAAUGAAAGAGGGUACCCUACUGAGUAACGGCAUAAUAGUGGUUCAGCCCAUCGAAGCGUUAUUUGGGACUUAUGACAAAAAAUGUCCUGAAAAGUACCCCCACUUGACAUAUCACUUUUAAAAUUUUUGCGACAAGCUGUAAGUCGGAAACUACCCCUGAAUUAAAGUCGAGGAGUCCUAGUAUUGUUACAUCCAAGAACUGUCCAAAUCGGAGCACCAUAGGAUUUGUUAUCGAUUUUUGGAAAUUGAAUUUUUAAUUUUGGUCAAUUUUGGACCUAAAAUCAAGUAUAUCUUCCGCCGGUAUCAACCAUUUCGGUCCAAAUGUGGUUUUUCCGAAUCUAUUGUGAUGUUAGCUUCUUACUAGAAUAUUUCCAGAAAAAACCUACGAGGCAUAUUUCUGUAAAACGCGGAAAUGUUGAAAGUGUAAAGGUUUGAUCGUAUAAAAUGUCGCCGCGAGCCGCGAAGGGACGGGCGCAGCUCGAAACAAGAAAAUAAUAAUUUUUUCUUUGAUAAAUAUUAUUUUAGUGUCAACAAGAUGAUUCAACACGAAAUGCAGACAGGAAUAGCACACAAACGUUACCUAAAUGUCAUUUUUAUACUUUUACUCUGUUUUCAGGCAAUUUCCAUCGGUUUUAAUUUGGUUUCACACUAAAAUCAAAUUUCUCAAAAUUUUUUUAUUAUUUUCUCGUUUCGAGCUGCGCCCGUCCCUUCGCGGCUCGCGGCGACAUUUUAUACGAUCAAACCUUUACACUUUCAACAUUUCCGCGUUUUACAGAAAUAUGCCUCAUAGGUUUUUUCUGGAAAUAUUCUAGUAAGAAGCUAACAUCACAAUAGAUUCGGAAAAACCACAUUUGGACCGAAAUGGUUGAUACCGGCGGAAGAUAUACUUGAUUUUAGGUCCAAAAUUGACCAAAAUUAAAAAUUCAAUUUCCAAAAAUCGAUAACAAAUCCUAUGGUGCUCCGAUUUGGACAGUUCUUGGAUGUAACAAUACUAGGACUCCUCGACUUUAAUUCAGGGGUAGUUUCCGACUUACAGCUUGUCGCAAAAAUUUUAAAAGUGAUAUGUCGAGUGGGGGUACUUUUCAGGACAUUUUUUGUCAUAAGUCCCAAAUAACGCUUCGAUGGGCUGAACCACUAUUAUGCCGUUACUCAGUAGGGUACCCUCUUUCAUUUUAAUAUAUACGUGCCGACUCGUCCGGAAAGGGUUAAGUCCCAGGCCAUAUAUAAGAAUAGUGUCUGUUGUCUCCAACUCCAAUCGCUUGAAAACGACCGAAUUUGUCCGCUUUACUCAAGAUAUUUCAGAGUUUGGACCAAUCGAUAAUGUCACACAGAUCUUGCUCGGGCUCUAUUCCGAGAAUAAGCAGUUCAAGUGGCUUGAAACAGAGGAGCCAUACGAUUACAACAACAUCAGACCGGGAGUCGAGAUUCCGGAUGGCCCCACUUUUUAA